GUGUGCGCGUUAGGCGAUAAGACCUGCUGGAUAUUUAUGUUCCUCCCGACUCAGUCCCUGAUAACACGUUAUGUAUUAAGAGUUAAGUCACGGAGUCCCUUAAACACUGUACAAUCAUUGUGCAUGCCCCCCCACUCCCCUCCCUCCCAAACCUUAUCUUAAAGCCCUCGACCUGGCUUACGUACCAGAUCUAUAAUUACCUCUGUUCAAACUGCUGGCUUCUAGGAUCCAGUGUUUUUAACCAGAAACUUUUAUUUCCCUACUUGUUACUGUGUGUUCACACAAGGUGGUGAUUAUUUUAUACCUGGCCUGUGCUGUGUGUGUUUGUGUUCUUUAAAGCUACAUCUAUCACGUUGGAUAAAGAAGGAUGUCCCAAGACAGUAGAUCUACAGGAAUGUAAUUCAGUGUAAGUGAAGGGAGCUCGCUGUAAGACAUAGAAAGGUUGGGAAAAAAACGCCAAGAAAAAAUUCGUCGAAUUUUGGACUAUUUCAAGUACUACUUACCUCAGCGAACGGAAAUGCUAUAGAGACAUUAUUAUAUAAAGACUAAGCCGUGAACUUGUUACUCACUAACUAGCUGUUUAUAACCCUGCUUUGCUCAGAUUCUGAAAGUUACAUUCAAGAUAGCAUUAUGCUUUAGUAUGUCACCUAAGUCAACUGUAGCUCAGACUAGAGGUCUGGAGUUCGCUUCCUGCCAUGGAUCCAACGUGCGAUUGCAUAGGAAUAGGAAUCUUGCUCUUGCCCACUACGAAAAGGCCCAUGGUCAAUUUAUACUGAGCCAUGAGUUGAGCCCUGGUCAAUCCUUUGUCCUGAAUAUCUCUGGCACAGGGUUGUUAAAAAUUGGUGGUUUUAACACGAAAGCCCAAGCGGAAGACUGGGUUCGCUCCAAGAGGCAGUUGGCCGAGGGCAGCAUACGAAUACGUCUUGGGAAAGUGUUGACCUACAGAGUGAGUGUCCCCUUCGAGAGGGAGGAGAUUCUCUUGUCCACUGUCACAACCAAAGAGGAAAGACAGGAUAAACUCAUCGGUAAAAUUCUGGCGUUCGAUAUCGAGUAUGGAGAUCUGGUAGUCAUAAUUAGUGAACACAACACCGGAACGGUGGAACUCGACUCAACCUGCCACAGCCCACACAUCUACGUGAACAACAGCCCCAGACUUUCACAUGCUAACCUGAACACUUACAACCCUACCUCUCUCUGCACGCUCGACAGCUGCGUGAUCAAGGCGGGGGAUGUUUACAAGCUCGAGGUGAACGGGCUAGUGGACAGCGAGGCUUACGUCCGGGUCUGUGUCUCCAAAAGAUAUAGUGAGUAUAUCAACGGGCCAGAGACUCUGGAAGGCGCCAAGAACUUGCCUGAGUUCCGCGGCAAGAGGUUUAUGAUUAAACCGUCGGCGCAAGAAGUUUUUAUCCUUCGUGUGGAAGAAGACAACAUUGCCAUCCAAAGAAACAACAAACAAAUAUGCUCUCUGAAGGCUCCAUUGUCGAGAGGUCAUUUCGGUCUGUGGUUUGAAAUGCACGAAGUUGCCCUAAAGGUAUCCAGUGUCCGAGUGAAAUGUAAUUUGAAAAAUCAAAAUGACGCCAACAACGGACCGCCACCGCCUGCUUACCCCGCUCCACUUCCACCUCACUACAGAAGAAUCCUCGACGGCAACAACAACAGCGGCGGCGUCGAUUGGAAUGAUCCACUGGGCUCACUAGCCACCAGGCAUCACUACUUGUCCCUGCACGAUGAAGUGCGUAUCUCAGCACCCUUGUUUGGGGCGGACAAUUUUCAGCAUCCCCCAAAUCUUGUUACAGAAGAAACUGACUCCCAGUUGUCUCGCGAGACCAACAACGCUUACUACUCGUCCAUCGAGACCAAAAACAAUCUUUCCAUGGCCUCUCCUUUUCAGACCUCGAGCCCGAUAACUUUCAACUCUGCAAAAUCCCAUCCAAUGUACAACAUUUCAGCCUCAAACAGCGACAUUCAUAGUUUGGGCCAUGAACAACUUGCUCAUCAACAUUUCUCAAGGAGGUCAGAUGAAAGCGGAAGCAGCUUUUGGAUUAGCUAUAACCCUGGGAGUUGUUCCCACUUGCCAUUGUCCUUAUUCUCCACAAUCCGUAACACGGAACAAAUGAGCCCAGCCCCUUCCAUGCUGUCAGAGGACACGUUUGGACUGGGGGAAAAUCUUUUACGAAAUUCUUCAUUUCAGAGGAACGCGUUCAGUGAUAGCGACGCCAUGGGCGUUACAGGGUACCGCCCCACGCCCUGGAGAAGGAUGAGCACAACUUCAGAUGACAAUUCAGAUUCGGUCAGCCAGUAUUCAGAGCUCACUAUUGAUGUCAAUACGUCCGUAAAGCGUCUGGUGGUAAAAUCAAUGUAAACAUCUGGCUGGAUCAUUAAUUUAUAUACUGUUGUUCCCGACACGGUUGUAGUGUCUAUAAUUUUUUAAUUUAACUUUUUAUUUAUUAUUAUUUUUAAUAUUCGUAAGUUGGGUUAAGGUGGUAGAGCAUUUGACUGCUUAAAGUCCUACGUGUGUGUCCUGGUGAAGAACCAUAAUACUUAACUUGUCAAAAGAAUUGGUGGGCAAGCAAGCUACAGUAAUUUAUUCUUGAGCCUGCCCAUUCAAUCCUUUUGUGUGGCUUUCAAAAUAAUAACCCGAGAAAUGGUGGAACUUGACAACCCGUUUUAAUGUGUACCUUGAUCUUUAUGACAAUUAGUAACAUUGUUAUUUUCUCACGAUAAAUUUAAUAUAUUUUUUUAAACUGUAUUUGGUCAUCUACGCAAAGAUUUAAGACACAAUUAGUUUAAUUAAACGCUCAUUUAAUUGCAGGUUUUUUGUAAAGUAAUUGUUUUGGUAAUUGUAUUUUUAUUUAUAGAAUUCUAUAGGUAAACCUAUUAGUGUUUGUAAAGUUAUAAUCACAUGUUGGCCUUCUGCAGUCCUUGAGUGACUCUGGUUCAUCUUUAACACUUUUUCAUGUGGCUGUGGAGCCCUAUUUUGGAGAGACAUUCCCGUCCACAAAUAUCGUAGGUUAAGAUAGCUUUCUUGGUAGCGUUUCUUUCAUUCUAAUGCGGUCUAGAGUCCAGAGCUAUGUUUUCCCAAUGGUCAGUAUCAAUGUUCACUGUUUUGGGGUUCCGUUUCAUUACAUCCACUUAACGGAGAUGGGAGCGGACAGUUUUUCUUGAGCCAGGCGAGUGGCCCCUAGAGAAUGACUUUCGGGAUGUGAAGUUAUAAUCAAAUAAACAUGUCUUUAAGUGUGUGAACUUUCAUAAUGUAACAUCAACAAAGGUUUGUAAAUUAUUGAAUUAAUGACUUCAAAUGAAGGAUACUUAAACAUUCAGUCUCACUUUUUAAGUUAGUUAGUGUUACCUGCUGAUGGAGUCUCACUUUUUGAGUUAGUGUUGUUUCAUGACGAUGUCACAAUGCCUUUUGACAUUCAACAUAAUGACAUGAGAUAAUGGCGUAAUAUUUAAUAUUUAAUUUUAAAAAAAUUGGAACAUUCAUUUGGGGGCACCCUUGAAUGGGGUCCUAGGGGGUUUUUCAAAUUCUCUCCCCCCCCCCCCCCCACCAUAGCUACGCCACUGGAAACAGGCGAGAUAUAAUAACACGUAUGUAUAGUCUGACUACUUUCUCUCAAAUUAUAAUAAGCUCAUGUAAAAAAAUCUAUCGAAAGAGCUUAUUGCGAUUACAUAAGAGCAACACAGUAAAUAAGAGCAACAGGGUAAAUAAUAGCAGAAGAGUAAAUAAUAGCAGAAGAGUAAAUAAGAGCAGCAGAGCUAUAGACUGUCUGAUAUGUCCUUUGACCUAUUUUUAAUAUUAGAACGGCUACAUUUGUGGAAGGUUCCAAACAAGUUUUGUGUUUUCUAAACGGAGUCAGUUUCUGGUACUAUCCACACCUGUGUUGCACUUCCUUUGCUAGCGACCUUAUUGCUUGGCUCCUUCUUGCUCUGAUGUAAAUAUUUUGAUAUUUUUGUUUAUUUUAUAUAAUCAAGACCAAUGAAUUAAACAAUCAUAAUGUCCUUAAUGAAGAUCAUGUUGAACUGUAAUAUAAUUAACAAUCAAGUCUGAUUGGAUGGAAGAAAUUGUGAGCAGUAACAAAUAAACACUUUUUUAUUUUAUUUUUUUAAGUUUUAAUUAAUAACAAAUAAUGACACAGAUCAGGAAGUUGUUAUUAUUUAUUUCUGUUACAUUUUAAAGAAAAAUUUACAAAAUCGUUGACAAAAUUUCAUACAUACCCAUACCAAAAAAAAAAUCUUGAUUUUUCAUUUUAUUUCAAUGUGGGAUUUCCCUUUUUUAUUGGAGAUUACAGAUCAUAAUUGCAUACAAGAAUAGAAUAUACAAAAUACAAAAGCACAGGUAAUAUUGAUUUAGGGUUAGCUGAUGAAGUUUAGAGUCUGUUGGCGAUAUAUUCCUUUCGCGGACCCCUGACGACAUGAAUAAGAAAUAUGCUCGAAUGUGAUAGAACUGUAUGUCUUCUUCAUUUGAAGUUAAAAGUGCAUUAUUUUGUAUAAUUGUAUCUGUACUAAAUUGAAAGCUCUGACCAUUUAAAUAUAAUCCUUCCAUGUUGAAUACAUACAAUAUAAACACGCUCAUUUUGUAUUGCGCGAAUGUAACCUCAAUAUUAAUAAGACUAUUGUACUGUCAGUCGUUAUUGCAAAGACUUUGACAUAACGCAGCUAGAUAGUUACUAAAGUACAACACUGGAAUACUAUUACAAUGUAACAGUAACUUUUGUAAAACUACAAUAACGAUGCUCUUAUGUUCAAAUAAUAACAAACUUAUAUGCCUAUAUUUUAUUCAAAAAUGUAUCAGAUAUGUUAUGUAUUUUUACAUUCUACAUUUUACAUUUGAUUCUAAUACUUAUAAUAUAAUACGUAUAAUGCAAUAUUUUAAAAAGUUAAAAAACUUUGUUUAGAUAUUUUACUGUGUUGUUAACAAUAUAAGAUAAAAGCUGUUUGUUAUGUUACUAUGUUGUUAUGUUAUUAUGUUGUUAUGUUACUAUGUUGUUAUGUUACUAUGUUGUUAUCUUACUAUAAUGUUAUGUUACUAUGUUGUUAUGUUACUAUGUUGUUAUGUUACUAUAAUGUUAUCUUACUAUGUUGUUAUGUUACUAUAAUGUUAUCUUACUAUGUCGAGGAUUAUUUUGAAGAGACAUUGGUCUCAUUCCCGUCCGAAUACAGCCCCUUAAAGUUGGCAUUUGGUUGGGUGGUAGAGGAACCAGCCAUUUUUCGUUUGGCUCCAGUGCUGAAUUCAUGGCUCUUGUUUUUGAAUGUAUAUACUACAGAGCCUUCUUUGUUACCAACUCUUUACCUAUAUUAACUUACUAUUUAUGAAUGAGAUUGUAACGACAAUUCAGACAUGCAAAAAAUAGGCCAUGUAGAUCCCGGAAAGGUCAGUUUUCCCAAAAAGGUCAGUGAUAUGACCAGUUUCAGAGUGACAUGUAUUAUCGCAAGUGUAGUUCACUAAACUUACAGAAGUGCUCUUGUUAGUCUACUACCUACUUGCUAUAUGUAAACAGUUAGUCGAUGUAUGGGCAAUGGCUUGCUGUGGGUUAAAACAAAUUAUGUUCUUCUAUCUUCUAAACUGCCAUUUUGUUAUAUGCUAACUUUUAAAUGGCAUGCAUAAUAAUCUACAGCGAAAUCAGACGGUGUUCAGCCAAAUUGUGUUCUAUCUUAUAUACUGCCAUUUUGUUAUAUGCCAAUUUUUAAUUGAUAUGAACUACACACUCAUAGUAAUAUCAGACGGUGUUCAGCCGAAUUGUGUUCUUGUUUGUUUCCUGCCAUAUACAAACAUUUUAAUAAAUUCUAUUUUAAUGUUUUCAUUAUUUCUGAAUGAUUUUUUUAACACUGUGAUUAGAUUUAGAAUUGCAGUAUAAAUAAAUAUCUACAUAGUA